AAAAAAGAAGAUAGAAAAUUGAAAUUCUAUUCAUUUUAAUUCUGUGUUUUCAUGAUAAUCAAUCAAUUUUUUUCGGUGAUUUUUUUUCUUCAACUAAACCAACGAUUGCCUGUUUAUCUUCGUGAAUGUUAAAUGAAAAUUAAAGGAGAAAAACGGAAAGAAAACCAGUUAGUUACUUAGCAACUGUUACUUUUUUAUAGGGAAAUUGGUUUUAGUUGUUUUGGUAAAAGUGAACUGUAAGUGUCUCCCUGAGGGUUUUUCUUUGCUUGUGUUGCUGAUAGAGAAACAAAUCGUAUUUUUUUUUUUGGUUUUUUGUUUCUAAUAUGAUUAAAUUCUAUGUAAUUAAUUGUAAAUUUAAUUUAUCUUGUGUACAUCAAAUGUUCUCCUGGUAGAAUUAUCCUCUGUUACCCCCUUCCUCUUUUUUCAUUUUGGUGAUUCUAUUGAUACUCUCAUCAUCAACCAUUAAUAUUUGCUGAUAAUCAACAUGAAGAAUGGUCAUUUCACGCGUAAAGUUAAAAAUAAAACAACCACAAGUAGUAAGGAUAAUCAACCGAUGGUCACAACCGAGAAUAAUGUUCACAAUGCCUGGACAUCAGUUAAACAGUUGACCAAUGCUCUAAGAUAUUUUCAAGAUGCUGUUGAAAAGGAGAUUCACAAUCAAUUACCUGGAGCAUCGUCAAUACUUUUGGAUAUUGUGGUUUCCUGUUACACUGAGCUUGGUGCCUAUCUCAUUAACAAGGAUCGAAAUGCUAAAAUGUUAUCAGCAACCGAUCGUGUUUAUCUUAGUCUAGCUGAAUUAAUGAGAUGGUCUGAUCGUGUUUUAAUUGAAGAAACGUCAAAUUAUGAUAGAGAUGAGGUGAUAAAAAUUGUCUCCAAUUUAAAGGAGUCAGUCAAUACUCUAGUCCAAUUGUGUAUUGAUCAUUAUCAAUCAAGAGAUAAUCUAGUUAAAAGUUCAACUUCUUUCAGUUUGAAAAACGAUGAAACCUAUGGUAAUAAUAACAACAACAAUAACGAUGAGGAAAAUGAUGUUAAUAAUAAAACCAAUGGCAAUACUCAAGUUAAACCUGAUACUAUCAAUGGGACAAUAAAUGUUGCCCGGAAAGCAACUAAUAACCAUUCAGAUCAUUUCAGUUUAUCACAUCACCGUAACUCAUUACCGGAAUUAAAUCCAAUACAGUCAAAAAUAACAUCAUCAUCAUGCUCGUCAUCAUCUUCAUCCUCAUCAGGAACUACACCUUCAACAGUAAAAACAUGCAACAUCCGCCAUCAGCCAAUAUCCGUAACCUCUGUUACACCCUCGACAACAAUCACUCACCCUGUUGGCAUUUCAACUUUCACCAAUAAACUGACUUCUACUUACAAUGAUCAUGGUGGAGAAAAUUUAACUGAUGGCCAACAGCAACAAUUUAAUAAUAAUUUAACCGGAUAUCCAACAAUCAGUGGCAUUUAUAAAAAAACAUUAUCAUCAUCAUCAACAGCUUCGUGUUCAGAAAAAUUUCCCCAUUCACUUUCAACGGAUUCACUUUUAAAUAGCAGUAAAUUUAAUGAUCAUCCAAAGAUGAAUAUACCUCAGAAUGGCAAUAAUAAUAAUAAUAAUAAUAGUCAAUGUAAUUUCAAUUUACCCGGAGGUAAAAGAGGAGGAAUGAUUGUUAACAAUGCGAUAAAUUUUCCAAUCCAAUUUACCAAUUGUAAUCAGAUUAAUCCAGUAACCAAUAGUUGUAUAUCAACAUGUUCAUCUUCCUCAUCAACUACUGGUGGUUGUGGUAAUAAUACAAAUUAUCCAGAUUUGUCUGAUAUUCCACCUCCUUUACCACCCAAAAAGAAACUGUCCAGUGAUCUAAUUAAGAUUGCACCUAAGCGACCAUCCCUAGUUAAUCAAAAUUCAACUGAAUUUAAUCAACCCGAUUCAUCAUCUAAACCAACAACAGCAUUUAACUGUCACUCUCACCAUGCGAUGUCACUUGAAUCAUUUUCUAAUUUAAUGAUCUCCGAUUGUAAUGAUUUACUAACAUUAACCAGUUCGACUGGUCAAGAUACUUCUCACCAUGACUAUCACACCCAAAUACCCGAUAUCGAUGAUUCUAGUCAAAAAGUUUACUCAUCUCGAACCUCAAAAACAACAACUCGUACAAUUAUCCAACAACAAUCAGACAGACCGGCCAUUAAUGUUAUCCGUGACUCAAUGUCCAGCAAAGAUGGACAAUCAAUCAACAAUGAAGAUCUAUUUCCACUUCCCAGUGAGCUUUUAAUAAAUACUGAUAUAUAUGAUUACGCCAGUGGGCAAUCAUCACCACCUGAAUUACCAGUUAAAUUGCGACGUCGAAAUCAACAGCAACAACAAUUAACCAUUACAACUGAUGAAAUAGUUCGUCCUCCUUCCCAAUAUGAUAACAUUUCGGACUUUGAUUCAACCUCAAUAUCAACACCCACCUCAACCAAUAAUAACAGUGUUUAUAAAUAUGAUUGGUCAGCAUCAACUUGGCAAUCAACUAAUCAUUCAAUUUCCUGUCCAUUGCAUUUAUCCCGUCAAGCUGAGUCAAUGUCAUCCAAUGGCGGUCAUUCAACAAACUCCAAUUAUGGUAUCGAUGAAGAUGAUGAUAAUUAUGGCGGUGAUCAUCAUCUUUAUGAAGAUUUCACCAAACCACCCCCAUUACCCCCCAAGCAACGUAACAUAAUGACCUACAUGACCAUGUUAAACAACGGGAAAACAUAUGAUGGACCAAAUGAUGCCGUUCUUAACAUUUAUCGACAUUCGGUUCACACUUAUCAUUUAAUCAAUUCAGCGAGUAAACUUUACUCAUGGCAACAAUUAGAGUCAACCUUUAAUUCACAGAUGAAGAAAAUUUCUUCCACCACAAUUGAAUCAGAUGAUUCAAUCCCAUCCCUUGAAUCAAAUACGGAAACAUCAUCAUCAGCGGCCAACAUUUCAUAUGAACGGAUUUCAACCUCUGAUCAUGAAGAUAAACCACCAAGUCUACCACCUAAAGCUAAAUCACAGAUUCACCUUCAACAACAACAAUUAAUCUCUCAACAACAUCAUUACAACCAUAAUCUCAACCACUACCAACAACAGUUUAUCCUACCGCCACCACCACCACUACAUGAACUUCAACAAUUAACACAAUUUGGUGAUAAUCAACAGAUAAAAUCACAAUUUCCUGAAUCUCAGCAAGUUAAUGAAAACUCAAUCGGAAAUCUUCAAAUCGAUGAUACUGAAUUCCAUGAAUUAGAGCUACCACCACCACCACCUCCACCACCACUGCUACCAGAACUUAAGCCACCUCCAUCAUCACCACCUAAAACAAGUUCAACAGUAGUUCCGUCAUCUCAAAGUUUAAUUUCUAAUUGUAGUGGUGUCAGUUCACAAUCGGAAUCAAUAAGGACUACCGAUGAAUGUUCAGGACCACUGGAUGAAAUCGAUGUGUCCCCUUACCUAGUCUACAAAAAUCCCGAUGACGAUGGACCCGAAAUUAGAGGAGGAAUCGUGGAUGUACUUAUCGUUAAAGCCACCGAAGUUUCCAAAAAUGAUUUCCUCUUUCAAGAAGCAUUUCUUACUACUUAUCGAACCUUCAUUAACCCUAUGGAAUUAAUUAACAAAUUAAUCUACCGUCAUAACAAAUUUACCAAUUGUACUGAUUCAAAACAACGAGCAGCCAAAAAUUCAUUUGCACUUUUGGUUCGGGUUGUUGACGAUUUAUGUGUUAGCGAUUGUAGUGAUCUACUAAUGCAAACCUUAUUGGAGUUUAUCUAUUCCUUGGUGAUUAAAGGUGAUCUUGCUUUUGCUCGAGUUCUUCGUGGUAAAGUUAUCGAAAAGUUUGAUAAUCGACGAAAUGGUGGACUGGUAGUUACAAAUCAGAUACUUCUUCCAUCCAUUAAUGUAUCAGCUAAACAUUUAACUUUACAUAGCUUUAAAUCGGAAAUUGUGGCCGAACAAAUGACCUUAGUGGACGCUGGACUUUUUCAGAAGGUGGAAGUAGCUGAAUAUCUACUUUGGGCCAGAGAACAGAAAGAGGAACUAAUACCAAAUUUAAAUAAGUUUACCGAACAUUUUAACAAAAUGUCCUAUUGGGCUCGAUCUCGAAUAGUGGAAAUUGAAGAUCCUAAAGAAAGGGAGAAAUUAGUUACCAAAUUUAUCAAAAUAAUGAAGCACCUUCGAAAGAUGAACAAUUUCAAUUCUUACUUGGCUCUACUUUCCGCCCUCGAUUCUGGUCCCGUUAGACGAUUGGAAUGGCCUAAAAGUAUCACUGAAUCGCUUAAGGAUCUAUGUUCCCUCAUCGAUUCAUCUUCCUCUUUUCGAGCCUAUCGUCAAGCACUUGCAGAAACUCAGCCACCCUGUAUACCUUAUAUUGGACUUAUUUUACAAGAUUUGACAUUUGUUCAUAUUGGAAACUCUGAUUUCCUCUCUGAUUCAGCCGGAAACAAUAUUAAUUUUGCUAAACGUUGGCAAAUAUUUAACAUCUUGGACCAAAUGAGAAGAUUUAAAAACAGUCAUUAUCCAUUCAAGAAAAAUGAACAAGUUUUAACGUUUUUCAAUGAUUUUGAUAACUUCUUAUGCGAGGAAGCAAUUUGGCAAAUAUCGGAAACAAUUAAGCCUCGAAUCAACGGCAGUUCAAAUGUUAAUUCAUCACCAGAAAAAUCAACAACCUCAACAAGUACCAAAAAAUGAGACAAAUGAGCUUUUUUUUACUUCCAUAGUCCUGAUAUUAUGCAUAUUGACCAUUGUCCACUCUCACCUUGAUCCUGUUGUUGUUGCUGUGUGUGAAUAUGUGUAGAUAGUUGAUACAAUAAUCCUUUUGUAUUCGGACGCUCUCUCUCUCCCUGUAUAUCUUGAUCAUGGAAAUGAUUUAAAAUUAGUCAUAGAAACACAACAAUCAUAACGCACUAAUUGCAAUCAACACUUGAAAGACAAAUUCUGAAGCAAAACCAAAACAAUUAGUCGACUCACCUUUAAUUGUACACACUAAUUACCUAAUUAUUAUUAUUAUUAUUAUAUAUCAUGACCACCAAAUAACUGGACAAGACCAUAAAGAUUUUAAUGAAGACGAUCAAUAUUAUUAUUAUAUUUCCUGUUAAUCUAAUUGACCAAAAAUAAGAUGACCGAUUGUUAUUAUUGAAAGCGAAAUCAAGGAAUCCAAUAUAUUGGCAAAGGAGAAUGAAAAACAAACAUUUAUUCAAAUUAAUUUUCCUCUAAAUGAUUAAGAUUAAUCUGAUCAUGAUGAGAUGAUUAUUAGCAAACAAUUUAAGUCUACAAUUAUAUUAGUUAUUAACUUUUCAUUCAGAUUUUGUGAGAUGACACGAAAAGUGAGAGACAACAAGAUGACACAAUUUAUAUUAUUAUUAUUAUAUUGAUUGUGAUGAUUAACUUAAAUCAGUUGAAAUCAAUCAUCACCAUGAUAAUCAUUAUUUUGAUGAUAAGUUAAUUGCAAAUGAUUUUUACUCAAUCUUUUUUUUUUCUGUUGAUAUCAUCAUAAACUCAGAACAAUCAACACAAUGACAAUCUUAAUUUGAUUAACUCAAUUUUGUCAACACAUCAAAAUGUUUCAACAAUCAUCGAUGAUAUUUAACUAAUCAUUUAGGACAAUUAAUCACAAUUAUAAAAUGAUCAUCAACAACAAUCAUCAUCAAAUUGUCACCUUACAAUUAAGCCCAAUCUUUUUAAAAGAAAAACGUAAAAACAAAUCUACUAUUUACUAAUCAAUAUUAACCAUCAAUUCACAAUUUACGUUGAUAAUUAUGUCAAGUGAUGUUUUAAUUAACACUUACAUGUAUAUUUAGAUAAAUCUAAUUGCUAUAUUGUCAACAAUCAAGUCUUAAUCAUAACACUUCAUUGUAAUCUCCCAAUUUUCAUGUUCAAUUUUUUUGCUCUCCUCCUUUUUUUUUGCUGGACAAAUCAUCAUCUUCAUUAAUGUUAUACCUUCUUGAUUAAUUGUAAUCAAUUUUUUGUAUCAUCCUCAUCAUCUUAAUUUGCAUAUUGUGCUUUUAUCUUGUCUUUCCCACUCCCAAGUCCCACUUUGCCGCUGCCGUGGUCGCAUCCUCAUCUGUUAAUCAUAUUGAUAAUUUUAUGUCAAACUGAUGGAAAAAUAUAUAUUACAAUUAUGAAGUAUA